AUGCCCCCGCCGUCGUGGGAUCAACCCCAGACCGCCCUGUCGGCCACCCCCAACAUCUGGGUCAUAACGGGGCCUUCGGGAGCCGGCAAGUCUAGAGUUGGGAAAUACCUAUGCGCCAAACUAGGUUUCAUCUUCAUCGAAGGCGACGACUUCCUCACCGAAGAGGAAAAGGCAAACAGCGGCGUCGUCGACGAUAAUCGCCAUGCCGAAAUCCUCGUCGCAAUCAUCCACGAAGCCAUAAGGCAAGCACGCCACGGCACCGCAGACGUCGUCGUCGCUUGCUCAGCCCUCCGCGUCGCCGACCGCAACACCUGGCGCAACGCUGCCGCGGGCGCCAACAGAUCCCCUAUCACCACCCACGGAUUUCAGCCAUCAUACUCCUUGAGCUUCGAGGAUUUCGCCCUUCCGAACCACCAUGGGGACUUCCACGCCGUCGACAAUCAGGGCCCCUACCUCCAAGGGUCCCAGGACCCCUACCCCCACACCAUCACCAACGACGGUUUCGCCUACCACACCACGGCACCCAGCACCCUGGACAACACCACCCUUGCCCUCCGCCCCAUCCACCUCCAAUUCGUGUACCUCGCCAUCUCGGAGAAGCUGUCGCGGAAGACGGUCAAGAAUCGACAGGAAACGACCGACCACCACGUCUCUGUAACCGCAGUGCCGGACCAAUUUCGCAAUCUCCAGCCGCCGGAGAAGUGGGAGCGAGAUUGCUUCAGGCAGAAGAGCUUGGAGGCGCCGAAGUUGACGGUUGCGGUUGAGAAGCAUGUAGUGAUGGUGGGGGGUGGGUUGAAGAGGUGUAAGUGUAUGUUUUGUCCAUGAGGGGGACUGUGUGUUGGGCACGUGGGUGCCAGUCACGACAGGUCUGGUUCAUCUGACUGGCUUGAGUCUUGGAUAUAAGAAAAGGGAGACGACUAGGUGUUGAGGGUUAUAUAUGGGACGGGGAAUGUUUGCUUUGAAAGACUACACGCAUACGAUAGAGGGUAUGCGUGUUCAGAAGAGGAGGAUUACAAGAGGGCACGCAUGCAAGAACACCAAUCAUUAUCGGCGCACAGCACACGACAAACAUACAACACAUACAGCUUUUUCUAUUUUAAACUACCAACUUGGAUAUACCAAUAUUUUCUUUUUGUCUACGCAAGACACGAAACCGAUUUCGCAAAAUCAGACAGGAGUUUGGGAAUGCAUAUAUUAGCGGGGGAAAA